AUGGGAACUCCGAACUACAUCCACUGCACUAUCUGCGGCAUGAGCUUGGGUGAUGAUGACUGCAUCGUCUAUUACGGUCCGCACUGGCCAGAUGCCGACUGCCCUUCUUUGACUAUUUCCGACCAUGCGACUACCCGCUACGCGGCCGUGGCCGAAAGUUACGACGGCAAAGCAAUACUUCCCUCUGGACUUUGCAUUUGUCCUCCAGAGUUGUGUGACCUAUUUUGGCCGACUCAGGACAGAGCCCCUCCAGCAACGAUGUACAUCGCCAUUCAUCCAGCCUGUGAAGACAUGGCGAAUCGCUUCAUGAGGACAUCUUCCCACGCCAAGAUUCACUCUACCGGUGAUCUUUGGUUGGUAUUGGAGCGUCGCUGUGCUAGCCAUAUCUACGUGGUAAUACCCCGAUGGUUUGAAAAUGGCGACUUAAGAUUUGUUCCCGAAAUUCCUCUUGCCGAGACUGGUGUCCACAGCCUUGAUGGCUACUACGUCCCACGUGCUUGCCUUCUGCGCACUGGCGAUGACUGGGAAGGAUGGUGGGACGAGAAUCCUGUCGACAUUCCCAACUUGACCGCGGACUUGAUGUCAAACCUCGAGAGAAUUGAUUCUACUCCCGACUCAAAGCUUUUCGAACUUUUACCGAACGAAAUGAAGAAUCACGUAUGCAGCUAUUUACAGGACGAAGAAUUGUCGCUCGAUUGCAACUAUCUCAUGCCUCAAUACAUGUGGGCAGGAAUGUUCUUCCGCAUCACCUUCCUUUGGGACCUCGACACCAGAGUCGUAUACGAUAAAACAGGGUCCAGCAAGCUUGAUCUGGAGAAUUUGAACUGGGAAAAGCUUACACGGCAGGUCAUGAGCCGCGCAGAGUCGUCGCUUGGCGUUCAGUCCGGGGCUGACGAAGAGAACGCAUGGGGCUAUUCCAAGGUUGGGCUCAACGUUCCAGGUGGUUUCACCAACCGCCGGAGAAUUUGGCAAGUGCUGGAGGAAAUGCGCCCAAGACCUCUCGAUGAAGAGAAGCGCACUAGUGCCAUGAACAUGGCAGCCCAGCGCGGUCAUUCCAAAAUUCUCGAAUUGUUAUCACAGGUUGAACCCCGCGCCAACCUCGCCGCCAACGAUCCCAACGACAAUGGCAGGACCCCUCUGCAUUGCGCUUGCGGAGGUGGUUUCCCCAUCACGGUCCGCUGGCUACUCCAAUUUGACACCGUCAAGGCUGCAGUCGACAAGAAAGACAAUGAAGGUCGGACUCCUCUCUCGUAUGCCGCCCAGACUGGAUUCGAACGUACAAUUCGGGCGCUCCUCAAGUUCGAUGCUGUCGACCCCUCUUCAUGCGAUCAUCGGGACAAAACGCCGUAUGACUACGCCGUUGAUGGCGGGCAUAGAUUCGUAGCCCGAAUGAUAGCCAAUAGAACGAAGGAUACCUGA